AUGGUCCUGGUGGGUAAAAUUGCAUUACUAAUAGGAAAUAAAGAUCUUGGUAAUAGUAUUAGAAGAAUUAUGGUGCGCAUGUUUGAUGAUGUAUUCCUAUCUAAUUAUUCUCUGUAUGGCUUCAAAAAGAAAAAAGCUUUUACAAGUUUAUCAAGUUAUCGUUUGAUUAUAGACGCGUUGAGAAAACAUCUUAAAUACAAGCACAACACAGAGAAGGAAAUUGAUAUACCUUUAGGAACAUGGCUUUCUCACGCCCCAUUCAGAAUCAAAAAUAAAAAACAAUCCGAGGAAGAGGAAUCUAAUAUAAUUUCUUAA